GAUUGGCUGGUCCAGUGCAAUAUCGGUGGAUGUAUCCUUUUGAAAGAUAUUUGAGGACAUUAAAAAAUCAUAUAAAAAACAAAGCCAAGGUUGAGGCGUCCAUCGCCAAUGCAUACUUACUUGCAGAAAUGUCAACCUUCUCUUCGUUUUACUUGGAAGAUCAAAUAUCUACAAAGUGGACAACUUUGCCUCGCAAUAUUGAGAUGCCCGUUGCUGAAAAUGAUGAUCCUCUUUGUCUCGCCAUAUUCAAACCUAUUGGGCGUUCACUUGGCCGAGGGACGAAGAGAUACAUGGAUGAGCGCGAAUGGCUUGCUGCACACAUGUAUAUUUUGAGCAAUUGUGCAGAGGUUGCAGAGACAUAUAGCAAGAUCUUCAAGGAGGAAAAACGAUAUGCAAAUCCUUACAUGACUGAUGCAGAGUUUGAAGUCGCGUUUCACAACGAGUUUAUUGUGUGGUUUAACCAUUACGUAAGAGACGAUAAAUUUAUGUUAAAUAUACAUUUACUUACUCUAAAAUUGGCUAGCAAACUUAAAUGAUAUUUGUGUGAAACAGGUUUGUCGUCCUUGUAACGACGAGUUGAACCCUUAUAUUAGGUCGCUUGCAGCU